CGGGACGUUAAUAACCCGAGUUACGCCACCCGUGGAGAUUGGUGGCUUGGAUCACUAUACUAUUGAUGCCACUUAUAUGGAUGCACAACACAAACAUGGAGCUAGCUAGGGAGGCCUUCAUCAAUAAGGAGAAUUUUAUUAACAUAUAUAUACUCCCAGCCAGCAGAAAAGUGUUGUCUUAUAAGUUUUUCAAUCAAAACACCAACAAUUAAAAGUGAGUGUUACAAAAUGAAGCAAGAAUUAACGACUGAAAAAAGCAUAUAAAAUGAAGCCCACAUAAACGAAGAGUCCAAAGGAAACCAGGAGAAAGAGAGGGACGACAGCUUCAUAGCUAUGGCGGCUCCCACAGGCUAGGGUUCCCAGUUUGAUCUGAACCAGAGACAUCAAUGCCAGCACCAAAUACACGCACCCGGACACCGAACCCGCGGCGCAAACCACGUACCCGACCCGGACGACAGUCCUGUUCACGCGCGCCAAAUCCACGGAGAAGACGGAGUGGUGGUUGCCGGAUCUGGGCCAUCGGAGGGCCUGCUUGAGGCAGAGGGAGACGAGGCUGGAGAAGAGGAAGGAGGCGAAGGAGAUGACGUGGAACGACACCAUGUUCUCCGCGAUUUUCGGCCCGGCCUGGCAAUUCGGGUCGUCGGUGAGCCGGUUGUUCGGAUCUCGGGGGUUCCAGGCCAGCCCGACGAACACGGCGAAUGUGAACAGGGAGUUGACGUGUAUUAUUCCGUCCAGCGCCGUUAUGUGGAUCGGGCUGCCUACCUCCGAGUCGGAAUCUCCGGUCAUUUUCGAGCGGAGGAGGAUGAGAACCGGCCAGAUCCGUGACGAACGCUGCAAGUCGAAGAUGGACCCUGAUGGUCGUUGAUCGAUCAGACCCCUAUGCGUCUCGCUGAGAGCUUUCCUAAAAGCGUUAGCCCGUUAUAAUCGGACACCUGUAGCCAAAGUUAUGGCCCAAAUACUAUGGCGACCCAAAAUGCUUCAAUUUCCUCUCGCUCUUGCGCUUAUCCUGCAUUUCAUGGUAAAGAAUCGCCACAUUAGUUAGAUCUGACAGUUCAGCCUCGUCUGUAUCACUCGCUCCUGCAUCACCCUUCCCGUUGAAAUGGGGCAUGUAUACAUUUCUUCGGUCUACGGAAAAAUUUGCCUUGUUGGGUGUAUGCAACUAAAACCUAACUGCGUCACUAGGAUGUGUGAGGAGCUCAGGUCCUUUC